AUGCUGGCCGGCUGGAGAGAGCUCUCUGUAGGGAUUGGUGCCACGCUUUGCUGCCUCCUCUUCUUCUGGCUCUUGUAUUCUCAUCCGCCUAAGGAAGGGAAGGAGCUGGAGGUGGGGACGUGUGAGAUUACGGCGCUGAACAGAGACCUCAGCCACCCCAGGAGGAUGAUCGCCCGGCAGACAGCACGCUGUGCCUGCAGGAGAGGCCAAGUCGCAGGCACAACGAGGACAAAACCUGCCUGUGUGGAUGCUCAGUUCAUUGCCAGUAAGCAGUGGUGCGGGAUGGAGCCCUGUGACGAAGGGGAGCAGUGCACUUUGUUAAUAAAUCGUUCAGGCUGGAGCUGCACUAGACGACUGGGCCGAAUAAAAACCGUCACAGUCUCCUGACAGCAGCAGCUGACGGCCCAAGCCUGGUGCCUCCACUUCUGGCUGCCGCAGCAGUAUAAAUACCGCCGCCCUGGGGCAA